AUGGGGCAAAUUAAAACAGGCCCUUCUGUUUCCGAACCUCAUCAUCAAGUCCAAGCAGAACCUGAGCCACAAUGCCAAGCAGUUGCAUUGCUACAUGAACCUACUCAAAAUCCAGCAUCGGCAACAAUCUACCAGACUCAACGAAGUACACGAGCGAAUGAAGCAUUACCUCAGCAGCGGCUACAACAGCAACGCUACCAACCACAACCUAACCAGCAGGCGUAUGGGGUGGUUCAGCCAGCAGCUCCACCCGUGCCCUCACAGUUUCCUCCCCAAACCGCACAAAACACUGGACCUAACCAGCAUCAGGAUGUGGUUCCUCCACAAUUUGUGGUUAUGCCACCAUACAUUCAUGGUACUGUGAGUCAAAUCGGCGCUGCAUCGGGGUUUCCAGUGCCUGUUGAGGGCUGGAAGACUGGCCUGUUUGAUUGCAUGGAUGACCCAAUGAAUGCUCUCAUAACAGUUUGCUUCCCAUGUCUGACAUUCGGCCGGGUUGCAGAGAUUGUGGACGAAGGCCAUACCUCUUGUGGAACCAGCGGAUUGCUUUACGGUUUGAUUGCAUUCUUCAUCGGGGUUCCCUGCAUACUAUCUUGCGCAUACCGCACCAAACUUAGAAACAAGCUUGGGCUAGUUGAGUCUCCAGCACCAGACUGGGUUACUCACUGUUUUUGUGAUUGGUGUGCUCUUUGUCAAGAAUAUCGAGAGCUUCAACAAAGAGGGUGGGAUCCAUCCAUAGGAUGGCAUGGAAACUUAGCAAAGAGACAGAGCAUUCAGCAGCAGCAACACCUUGCCAUGAUGCCCCCAAUGAACCAAUCAAUGCAAUUAGAGCGCCUCUCUUCUUUAUCUCCAACCUCAGUCAAUGAUCUGCCAAAACUCUUCCAGAAGAAAAACAUAGGAGCUCUAAAAACCAUACAGAUGAACAAUCCAGGCUUGUCUGACGAUGUUGAUGCCACUGAUGCCGAGAUAGAAGUCGCCAAUAUCUUGCUAGAAUUGUCGAGGCUUUGGAUAGAACCUGUAGUUUCAAGAUGGGGAUUUAGAGGAAGAAGAUCAGCCCUUGAAGAAAGCCUUUAUCUUUCUGAUCAAUCCAUCCCUCCUCCUAUGGCUGAUUACGCUGUUUCUUCACAGUUGGAAACUCUUUCAUGCAAUGGUGAGAAUAAGAAUGAGGAUUCGAAGCUUGCUACUGAUCAGCAUGUCCCAUAUAUUGAAGAGAAAUAUGCUUCCGAACACAAAGUUGAACCUCCAGACCUUGAACCAACCACUCCUUGUAAUUCCCAAAACAAGGUCACAAAAAUAAAAUUUAAUCCUUCUUCUGAAAUUCGUUGUGCUCAGAAACAUAUACAAAUUGAAAAUAAACCUCCCAAGCUUGAAGCAGAUGUUCAUCCUGAAGAUGUUACGGUCAUGAAAAAGACUAGCAACAAAAGGGACAAAGAGGAAUUCGAAGAAGGAUUGAGUAACCUAGCUGUGCCCAAAGGUUGUUUAGUUCCGCAGAAAGAAGAACUGGAAAAUGAAGUGGCGUUCUGGGAAGAACAUAAACGUCAACUUUUAGAGUCGAUAGAGAAAGUAAAGGAUUACUUGGAAAAGAGAAAAGCUCUCAAUUUGCGGCUGAAGGCCCUCAAACUACAGGGGGAUGAUUUUGAGAGGAACUUCAGAACUGACUCCUGA